UCGUUAUUCAACCUGUUGCGGUGAUGGAGUAAGGGAGAUGACAACUGAUGAGAUGCUGUAGAAGAGGAGCCUCGAGUAGUGGUGAUGUUGGUGAUGUUGGUGAUGCUGCUGACAGUUUACAUUCUAAAAGUUCCGUUGAGGGGUGUGCGUACACUUGUGUUUAUGAAUGUGCAUGGUAUACAUGAUGGGUGUGCGUAGAGGGUGUACAAAUGUGUAUUGUAUACUUGUGUGAAUGCGGAAAUGUGUACAAGAGUUGCUGCUUUGUGAUCUGUGUGUGUGUGUGUGUUUUGUACCCACUGAACCCGGCUACCCGACUCACAACCUGCCAUACCACUUGAGCUGUGCGGUGUACCCGGUCUGGCGGCACUCGACCCCUGCUGUGUACCCGCGCCCACCGAUCAGUCGGGUGCAUAAAACUCGCAGAUACACCGCGCAUGUCUGUGUUACUUGUUCAUCUACCUGUCUGUCCUACUGCAAGUAGAAUGCUCAACUCUCACUGCUCAACCUGAUCGGGUGGUCGCCUACCUGUUGUACGGGUGCUUCGAUAGUCGAUACCUCCAAGUACCUGUUUGUGAGCAGUCAGGAAUAUUUCCACAAUCGUGUGCCUUGCUGGUGGCAUUAGUCGCUGCAGUGGACACUUGUGAUUGACCUUCACCUGAGGAGGAAUUCACUCGACUUGUGAAUCACUGUCCCCUCUUCGUCUUGUCGGCCCCGCACCACGCGUGGGCCUAAGGCUGGCAAGAAAUGGUGACCUUAUCUCCCCCGCAACACGAAAUAUCCUUGCGCACCAGCAAAGAGGACAAGCGCCAUGGCUUCCCAGAGCACCUCAAGCAUGCUGAUCUCUUGGGUGGUGCACAGAAACACAAAUUCUCGUCCUCCAACGGCCUCUUUCAUGCUGUGCUCAAGGGAAGGGUGAAGGGGACAAAGUUCCUCCUGGAUCACAGUGUCAGCGUCAACAGCAAGAACGACUACGGCUUUAACGUGCUCAUCGCCGCCCUGCACAUCGACGAUGCCAAGAAGCGGCGCAAGAUGUUUCAGCUCCUGAUGCGCAGCGGGGCGGACCCCUUCUUCAAGGACGCCACCCGUGGCAGGAGUGUGCUGCACUGGGCGUGCAUGCUGGGCUGUCACGAGCAGGUUGAAGACCUACUCCAGGAACUGGCUGGUGAGGUGGACCUGGGGGACAAGGAUGCAGACGGCUACACGGCCCUGCACUACGCAGUGAUGGGCGGCCACCUGGAGCUCGUGCGCACCCUGGUCGAGAUGCACGCAAGGUUCGGGGUGUCGGUGGACGUGGCGGACAAGCUCGGCCUGACGCCCUACCUGCACGCCAAGCGCCUGGGCCAUCGCGAGGUGGCCGCGCACCUGCGGACAAUGGGUCAUGCAUCGCAGGGUCACGGCGACCUGCUGUUCCGCUCGCCACGUGAGUGGUCCCAGAUCGGCAAGUUCGAGCGACAGAGGGCGCUGGAGCGCCACACGCGCAACGCCGUUAACUUGGCCAAGAUCCAAGGCAAGGUCAACGCGGUGCGCUACCUGGCGGGCUCGUCACCUCCCAGGCCAGGGCACAAGAUCUCGGUGGUCAGCUCAUGUCCGGCAAGUGACACCAGCGACGACUCCAAGCCACCAGCACAGGCUGCGCGCACACGCGUGUCCACCACCUCUUUGCCAACCCUAUCCAUCGAGGGGAUCGCGGAAGAAACUAACGGGCGACCAUCUUCUGCGGGCGGUGACAUGAGGACCGGAGAAGACCAGGGCAAAGGUCAAUUUGUUGUCAAAAGUCAAGGUCACAACUUCGUCGCAUCGCGACGUCCGUUUCCUCCGAGGCUUGCUUUCGGGGACGAGGCCGCGGCUCCGCCAUCCUCGACGGUAGAAGCCUCGUCCAACUACCUGGCGGUGCCUGCGAGAAACACUUUUCCCUGGGCCAGGCGAGGCAGGUCCCUGCCUACCGCAGAGGGUCUAUCGUGCAGUCUACUUGACACCUCAAAAGCGGAUGAGUAUCAGCACAUACUGGGGAAUCUCAAUCACAUCAUGAACAUCCUGUCCCAGCAGCAGUCCACGUCUUUUCGCCAGUCCGUGCGAUACCAGCGACCAGAGACCCCCAAGAAAAAACCCAGAAAUAAAGUCUCCUCCCUGGCCAUCAUCCUAGGCAGGGACAAGAAAAGCUUGCGCAACAAGCAACGACUGUCAAGCAACAAGAUGGCGUCUGCUGCCAGGAAGGCGGAAGGAAAGGCCAAGGACAAGGCCACGACUUCCGGUCAUGAUAAAAAGAAUGUGCCGAAGCUGAAAGUGAAUGACAGACCUGUGUAAUGCAUCGCGAGUAGAGGACUGUUGUCUGCGAAUCUGAAAAUGUAACCUGCGCCAUGUUGUUUGGUGGGGCUGACUUCCGGUAACAAACCCACUACACUUGAGAGUAUUAUUGACAGUUUGUUUAUACGUUGGAUCGGGAUAUAUCUAUAUACUGCUUCCUUUUUGUUUUGUUUAUGUCUUUUGAGCGCGUUUUACUGCACUUAACAUUGCUUUAGUCUACAACGAGUGAGAGGUCGCGAGACUACUUUUACCUUUACCUUAGUAACAAAAGGGGAAGCGGAUAGCGGAGUUGUAGGCGCGCCGGUUCGAUACCCGUGUAGAGCAGCAAACUUUCCUCAGUCAACCCAGCUGUCGAUAAUGGGUAGCUCCAUAGAGGUUUGGUAAGGCAACGAGGGAGAGGAGACAGGUACAGACCUAACAUAAAAGCUGGCCCCGAGAAAAGUGUGGUCUUUAACACUUUACAUCCCAACGACCAACAAAGAUUAGAGAACGACCUUUACCUUAACAGUAACGAAAUGAGCUGAUAAAGCCUGCUGCCCACCUCCUGGACUGACAAAGUGUUAACUGCCUCACUAAGCAGUUUGACAGUUUUAUAAAUAUCCUAACAGCAACUAGGCUGCGACAAGAUUUUUAUCGGCUUGAGUUUUGCUGUGAGACACCGAAGUCCCUUCCUGACCCCAAGUGGCUGCACUGACAGUCUGUCAAGAGUAACCAGGGACUUCACUUUCCUUACUUCACAGCCAGGGAGUCAUACGUGUAGGGAACAAAUUGCCCCCACACAACACUUGUACCCGAACUGAAAGGCAGGGUGCGAAGGGCGAAGGACAAUAUGCUUCAGUCAGACAAAAUAAUGGGCAGUGUGGGGUAGGUAUUUCAUCACCAUUCUGGCCUAGAGAAGGAGAGUGCCAGAUUUUUUUUUUCUUUAUAAUAAAAGCGACAGAAAAUUCGAGAUAAGAGACAGGCUGAUUGUAUAUCGAGAGGUAACUUACCUGUUGGUAACUGGUUUGUAGACCAUUGGCGUCACAGUCUUGGUUCGGUCUGAUUUCUAGGUGAGAUUUGUACCUGACCCGCACCUUGCCAAGCCGGAGACCAGGUGAUCAAGAGCACGAAGCAUUGUUCGCGAAUACAAGGUAUUGCCUUCACAGAAAUGGCCUGAUGGGGUAUCUGCAUGGGUGUGUGUUGGUUCUUAUAUCAUCCUGCAGGUAAUAAGGACUGCUGAACAUCGCCAUACCCUGGUUACAUAAUAGCAGAGCCUGAGAACUCUAGUUCCGUUUUUGUGUUUUAUUUUUUGGAGGAUUGCUUUUGUUUUGAUAUUUGUCUGGGGUGAUUUUUUGUUUGUUUGGAUUUGGGAGAUUCUGCUUGUUUCUUUUAUUAUUGUUUUUGUAAUAUAAAAACAAAGUUCUCCUUUUAUGUAAAAUUGAAGCUGGCAUAUAGUAUCUGAAAGAGUUGAGUGUAACAGGAAAGUGCGACUGAAUUUUGAGCUAUUGAUACUUUUCACAGGGAGAAUGCAAAGCACCACAAUUUCAAAAAGAUUUCUUUCAAGUGCUAAUGAAUUCAAUGUAACCAAGUUGAGAGUCGAUGUUUAUCUGGAAAAACAGAAAUGAGUUUAUUUUCUUUCAUCCACCUCAAAGACCUUUUCUGAGUCCUCUUUUUGAAAGCCAGUUUGACAGCAGACGAACUUUGUUCUUGUCUGCAGGUUCAAGAUAACGGAACUGGAGGUGUUUGUUAUUAGAAAAAGAACAGAUAUCAAAUUUAACUUCUUAUGCACUUUGUAUCUGUUAGCCUUGCAACCUACAUGUUGUAUCUUCAAAGCUCUUCUGUGAUCUAUGUGUAUAUAUAAUCGUGUAAAUAGACGAUGUAGCAUUUAUUUAAACCUUUGUAAUUUAAGAAUCUCAAUGAAAGUCUUCCAUGUGACCUAGUA